AUGAUACUUCGUAAGUUGCAACUCCAGAAUAGAUUUCGGUCAAGUGGGUUGAAAUUAUCUACUCAACUUCGAAAUUUUACAAAAACGAACUUUUAUUGUUACGCUCAGAAAACUAAGGUUGUUAAGUCAACAAUUGAUAUUGAUAAUGAAUUAGUUGCUGCUACAGAGCUUCCACUUUUGGAUUGGGACAGAGGAGGACGUACACAGAACGAAGCCUUGACUCCGUUAUACGCUUCUAUGAAAAUUCUAAUUGAUGCUAAUCCAGGAUGUGUUUGCUUGAUCCAAGUGGGAAGCUUUUAUGAGCUAUAUUUCGAGCAAGCUGAAAUUUAUGGACCUAAGUUAGGUUUAAAGGUAGCUACCAGGAAAACAAAUAGUUAUUCUAUACCAAUGGCUGGAUUUCCCACAUACCAAUUGCAAAAAUUUGUCAAAUCAUUAGUGCAAGACUUAGAACAAAACGUCGCAAUUAUAGAUCAAUAUCCCCUUGAGAGACGUAUAAAUGAGUCAAUUAUCCAUCGCAAAAUUUCAAGGAUUGUCUCCCCAGGCACCCUUGUGGACGAAACAUUUUUGAACUAUAAUCAGAAUAACUAUCUAGUUGCAAUCGCGUUUCCUGCUAAAUUCACUAAAACUCCGGCCGAUUUAGAUCUUUGCAUUGGACUUUCAUGGAUCGAUAUAUCGGUUGGAGAGUUUUAUGUACAACAAACCACUUUAGGUGAGCUCAUAGCUGAUAUAUCACGAAUUAACCCAAGCGAAAUAAUCAUUUCAAAGGAAUUUCAAGAGGAUAAUUUAACUAGUGGUCAAUGGCACCUGUGCCUACAAGAUCUAAGAAAAUACUUUAUUCGCUAUCACAAGACUGUUUACAAGGAUUUGAAACUUCAAUUCAAGACAAAUUUGCAAACCACAAGAAAAAAAUUGGAAAGCUUUUCGAUUAAGGAAGAAAUGGCAAUGAAUAUGGUUUUAUCUUAUAUUAACGUGAAUCUCCCUGAUACAGAUCCGACGCUUGAUUUACCUAUUCAGUAUUGGAACGAAGACCGUCUUCAAAUGGAUGCACGAACCCGUGAAGCGUUAGAAUUGACUGAGAGAUCAACAGGUGGGCACACAUCGGUAGUAGGAUCCCUAUUAACCACUAUUAAGAGGACUAUAACACCGUCAGGAACCCGUUUGCUAACUCAAUGGCUUAAGUCGCCAAUUUUGGAUGUAUCUGAACUUCGUAGUCGACAGGAGUUCGUUAUUCUUUUUAAAGAAAAUAACUACCUUAAACUAUCUUUAAGAACCCAAUUAACGCAAUUGGGUGAUUUUAUUCGUUCAGUCCAAAGGCUUGUAUUCGGUACUGGUGAUAUAGUAGCACACCUACAAUACAUCGGUGAUGGCUUAACCAAACUAGAAAGCCUCCAUUCGUUUCUCAAAGAAGAAGCCAAAAAGGAUAUUUUUGCAGGAAAAGUAUUGGAUCCAUUUCUCAAGCAGUUCAAAGUAAGCAGAACUGUAGCUGAGAAGAUAUUUUCUACACUCAAUGUAACUGAAAUUGCCAACCAUGGAAUUUCAGAGACUGAUCAAGACGAAACAGAGGAACAUGAUGAAUCGUCUACGUCAUAUUCUAAUAGUAAUCAAUCUAUCGAAAAAUAUAAAGGCAUAAGAAAACAGAACUCGGAGCUUGGUAUGUUUUUUUCAGUCAGAAAAGAUUAUGAUCCAAUAUUGAAAGAAGCUCAUAAUAAGUUAGAUGAACUUAUGAUUCAGGAAAGCAAUUUGAUAAAGUCUAUACGGACACAAAUUCAAGAAAUUGAUUCGAAACUAACUAUCAUUAAGAAGUCUCAACAUGGAAGAUACAUUAAUGUUUUGUAUAUUUCAGGUAAGCAAAAGCUGAUAGACGAAGCUUAUAAAUUGUUAUCAGUAGAUAUUCGUGAAAGGAGAAAAGGCUCCUUAUUAUACAAACCAGAAUCAUGGGGAAAGUUGCAAGCGUUAAUAGAUGAGCAAAUUGAUAUUAUCAAAGAGUCUGAGAAGGAAAUAAUUGAUGCAUUGCGUCAAGAGGUUCUAAAUAGAGUUUCAGAAAUAAGAAAUGUUAGCAAAUUAGUUGACUAUCUUGAUGUUACAUCUUCGUUUGCAAUUUUAGCGGAAGAAAAUAACUUAGUAUGUCCGAAGUUUGUAAAAACUCCUCAGUUAAACAUCGUUGGUGGUAGGCAUAUUGUGGUGGAAUCAGGUUUGAAAAGUGUCAGUGAUAUGUUUAUUCCGAAUGAUACUAAGGUUGGCUCUGAUGGCAAUUUAUGGGUGAUCUCAGGUCCAAAUAUGGGAGGAAAAAGUACGUAUUUGCGACAAAAUGCUCUUAUUGUUAUUUUAGCGCAAAUCGGUUCCUUUGUUCCUGCUACAAAAGCAAGCAUAGGUAUAGUGGAUAAGAUAUUCACAAGGAUUGGAGCGUCUGACGAUCUUUACAGUGACUUGAGCACUUUCAUGGUCGAAAUGGUAGAAACAAGUAAUAUUUUAAAGAAUGCAACGCCAAGGUCGUUGGCUAUUGUUGAUGAGAUUGGUCGGGGAACAAGUGGAAAAGAAGGAUUAGCAAUUGCAUAUGCAACUUUGUUGGAUUUGCUCCAUGUUAAUAAAUGCCGAACGUUAUUUGCAACUCAUUUUGGUAAAGAACUUCAAAGUCUAUUACUUGCCAACAACGUUAAACAAGAUAAAAUUCGGUAUUACAGAACGAAAGUGUUGCAUAAGGAUACCUCGCUGGAAGAUGGGAAUUAUAGUUUAAUUAUAGAUCAUGCACUCGAGCCGGGUAUUAGUGAUAGAUCAUACGCUCUUGAAGUUGCUAAAAUGGCAGGAUUUCCUGAAUCAGCAUUAUCUAAAGCUCGAGAGGCUUUAAAAUUAAUAAAAUAA